AAACCCGUUUUUUUGUAUACAUGUCUGUCUCUUACAGUAAUGUUGUAGAGAAGUGUGUGAUUCAUUCGUCCCGUGCAGAGAGGGCCCUGCUCAUCGAUGAAGUCUGCUGUCAGAAGGACGGCCCUCACAGUGCCCUCUACACUAUGAUGAAGGACCAGUAUGCAAAUUAUGUGGUGCAACGGAUGAUUGACAUGGCUGAGCCCGCCCAGCGCAAGAUCAUCAUGCACAAGAUCCGGCCCCAUAUUGCCACUCUCCGUAAAUACACGUAUGGAAAACACAUCCUGGCUAAGCUGGAGAAGUACUACAUGAAGAGCGGAUCAGACCUAGGCCCCAUUGGGGGCCCCACCAAUGGCCUAAUGUAGGGGCCUGACACCCAACCCUCGCCCCUUUCUCUCAAAAUCACAUUUGUUAUGGGCAUCUCCUCCACCGUGGAGUUCUCUGUCAUAGCCUUUAGGGGUUUUACCAAAAAAAUGAAAGGAAAAGAACGCUGAGACAUCUGACCAGUCCCUGAUGCAGUCUCCGUUGUUAUCACCCCCAACCCACCAGAAGAGUGCAUGGUCUGUAAGCUGUUUCCUGGGUAAAGCACAACACCCUUGUUUAUGAUGUAAUUGAUGUAACUGACUGUUUCUUUUUGUCUUCUAGUAAAUAUCUUGUACAUUUUUUUACCUUGUACAUUCUCUGUAGAAAAAGAAAUGUUUGAUGAAAAUUUACAGUUCUUACAAUUUACACCAGCAAGUGACUUUAUGAGGCCAAACUGAGUGAUCCUUUUUAAUGAUUUUCCUAUUCUAUUUUUGUUUUUAUAUCCAGACCUCUUAAUGGCACAGUUAAGAAGUGUGGUACGUUUAAGACCUGUUUUAGCACUAUGGUACACAAGCCAAAGCUGCUGAUGAAAAAUAAUGAAUCUGUCAGCUUGAUCUUCACGUAACUUGAUUGUAGACGUCAAGUCUGCCGUGCCAUUGAGAGUUAGUUGGGUUAAGAAAUCCACAACCAAUCAUAGAGCCUUGCUGCCUACAGUUUGCUGCCUUUAAAUGGGAGUGGUAUCAUUUGAACGUGGCUGCACAUACCAUCUCUUUUCUUUCCCUCCCCAUCUUACUUAACUGCUCCAUCUUUGGUGUUUUUGUUUUGUUUUUGUUUUAAAGAGCAUGUGUGUGGCUGCAAUAUACUCUACAUCCCACUGACCAAGUCUGUCCCACACAAAGGCUAGCUAUUGUCUCAGUUUUUGUGUUUCGAAUGACGUCAAAGGACACCAGAGCUCCUGCCAUUUUAUAUAGCUAUGAGACCGACACCAUGGUAGACAGAUGAAACCAGGAAUAAUUUUUCUAUUUUGGGGUAUAUGUAUAUUGUGAGACAUGAAGGGGUGGGGAGAUUUGGCAUGCCAUGUCUGGAUUUAAUGUUUUAACAAAAUGAUUUUUCUUUGUCAUGUUUGUUGAACAUUGUCGAUCGAGUAGUUUUUUUGAACACUGCCCUAGAAACAGUAUGGUUAUGUACUGAUUAUCAUCUCUUUUACAUUGUAAUAGCUUAGGCAAAAUGUAUAGCUUAGGCAAAAUGUAUAGCUUCUUAAUGUACAAGUAAAUAAGAAAUUGUUGCUGUUUUUUGGGUGUGGGGGGAGACGGUGCUUAAGUUUUAGAUGAGGAAAGUCUAGAGGUAGAUGGGCGACGUCCCUGUCCUUGGUGUCAUCCCAGGAUGUUUGGCUUCAGAACGUGUAAGAUAGAAUUGACUUGAUGAACAUGAGAUGUUGUGGGGUCGGGUCAAAUAUGCGGCGUUCAACUGUGUAAAUGGAGAAUGUGCAGGAGAAUGGACAUGGGGCUGCCGACUUCUGCACAAUUUUUCUGUAUGGCUAAUAUAUUAAUGGCUUUCGUUAUUUUGCUUCAUAUGAAUAAAUGUAGAAUACAUGUAGUAUAUGUGGAGUUAAGUGUAAGUUUAUUAGUUAAAUAGAAGAAAAAAAAGAAUCUAGUUGUAAUGUUGGACAGGCUAAAUUGCAUAGUGAUUUGCUUUUAUUUUGUCUGUACAGUUGUACAUUUGUAAACGUUAAUGCUGUAAAUGGAAUGUCUUUUACACCUUUUGGGGAAGAAGAAAUUAGCAAAAUGUGCAUUUUGAUGUGUGAAUAUUCAUCACUCCUUUCCCUUUGAAUAUAAUGUAUACAGUUUUCUUUGAAUAAGCAUUAUUUUAAAAAAAAAAAAAUCUUUUUAUGCAUCACAAUCUCAAGAGGGUUUUGUUUUUAAUCAGUUUUUGGAAAAGGUCAGCCUCUUUAUGUACCUGGAGCAGUGACACCUUCUGUUGACAUUGUCAUUUUGACUUGUGGCAGUUGAAUAAAAUAAUUAAAAAUUAAUGAAUUAAAAAAAAAUACAUGGGGCUGUCUUUGGUCCUACCUGCUACCAUGGAAAUUUCACACGACAAGAAUUAUUUUUGUAUAAAGGAGUGCUGUAUUUUGGAGCAGCCACUAACUUGUAAGCAAAAUAAUUGUAAGAUAUUGUCAAUUAUAUAAAUAUGAACAUAUGAGUUUUGUCACACUGUCAAGUCAUGUACAUUUUCAGGUGGCCUUAUGUACAUUUCCAGAUGUUAGAUGAGGAAAACAGAUUUUCUUUUUUUUUUUUUCUUGAAGCAGAAUUGUGACUAUGUAUGAUUAAACUGUUCUUCUAACAUUUGA